CAGCCAUCGUGGUGGAAGUAACUCUCGCCUCCAGUACCACCCCCCGCCUCCGCCCCCGACCAUGGCAGCCUCCACGCCGCCGUCCUAAUUAACAGCCACUCGCCCGACCUACCUCGAGACCCAGCUCCCCCCCGCACUGGCCGCGACCCGCCCCGGGAUCGCGCGGAUCAGAUGCUAUCCCUGGGCGCCCUCCGCAAGCUCUGCGCCGCCUUCGACGCCGUCGCGCUCACCAUCAUCGCCGCCGGCCUCUCCCACCCCCGCUGCCGCCCCUUCUCCGCGCGCGCGGCCCCGCCGCCGGACUUCCCCACCAUCGCCUCCUGCCGAGCCGCGGUCGCGGCCUCCAAGCGCCGCCGCCAGCCCUCUUCGGCCCCCGCCGAGGCGCGGCCGGAAGGGCCCGCGGACGCCGAGGCGCCGGUGCUGGUCAGGAUCAAGAGAGAGCGGGACCCGGUGCGGCUGUACGAGCUGUUCAAGGCCAAUGCGGACAACCGCGUGCUGGUCGAGAACCGGUUCGCGUUCGAGGACGCGGUGGCGCGACUGGCAGGUGCUCGACGGAAUGACCUCGUGGAGGAGAUCCUCGAGCAGCACAAGGCGCUGCCCCAGGGAAGGCGGGAGGGAUUCGUGGUCAGGAUCAUUGGCUUGUACGGGAGGGCCCGGAUGCCGGAGCACGCUCUCCGGACGUUCCGGGAGACGGAGAUGUACGGGUGCGAGCGCACGGUCAAGUCGCUCAAUGCCACGAUGAAGGUGCUGAUGCAAGCACGGCUCUUUGAUGAGGCCCUGCGGCUGUUGGACGAGGCAUCACCCACAUACGGGGUUGAGCUGGAUGACAUAUCGUAUAACACAGUGGUGAAGAUGGCGUGCGACAUGGGGGAGCUCCAUGCAGCGUACCGGGUAAUGCAGGAGAUGGAGAAGGAAGGAGUGCGGCCAGAUGUCAUCACAUACACGACACUGAUGGCUGCGUUCUAUAAGAAUGGCCACCGUGAGGUUGGGGAUGGCCUGUGGAACCUCAUGAGGUUGAGGGGUUGCAUGCCCACACUAACCAGUUACAAUGUAAGGAUUCAGUUCCUGAUCAACAGGAGAAGGGGCUGGCAGGCAAAUGAUCUGGUGCGGAAAAUGUAUGCAGCGGGGAUAACACCAGACCAGAUCACAUAUAACUUGGUUAUUAAGGGAUUUUUUGUGAUAGGUGAGCAUGAGAUGGCGAAGACAGUCUUUGGUGCAAUGCAUGGGAGGGGAUGCAAGCCAAAUGAAAGAAUUUACCAGACAAUGGUGCAUUACCUAUGUAAGCGACGGGAGUUUAAUUUGGCAUUCAGAUUGUGCAAAGAUAGCAUGGAGAAGAACUGGUUUCCAAGUGUCGAUACCAUUCACAAUCUGCUGAAAGGCCUUAUGGUAAUUAAAAAGGACAGGAAUGCCCGAGAGAUAAUGAAGUUGGUUGCUGAGAGAAAACCUUCCUACUCAGUUGAUGACGUGAAGGCCUUCCAAGACAUAUUGUCUCAUGGGAAGACUGGAAGAUAAGUUGACUGCUGGACGAAAAGUUUUGCUGUAAAUGCACCACAUGUAACUCUGCCACUUUUUCCAUGCUUGAUUGGAAGGAGAAGGCAACAAAGAGAAUAAUGAAAGUGCAGAACAAUGGAAGUGGAGGGGAAUGGGAUCGCUUGGUCAUUCAAGCAGUACUUGUUACCAGAACCAUUGUAGACGUUGCUGGGGAGCAUUUGGAGGAAAACAAGCGUAUUGAUCAUCAAUCGCAGUGAAGUGAGCUUUCUUCUGCCCAGGUUGGCAACAGAUGGCGCAGAUUUGCAGCUUCGUGCAAGCAGCAUAGCCAACCAGAAGAGAUUUAUACCAACAGCGGGGUAGCAUAGCCAUAUACUGCUACUGAGAGACACACAUACACUGGUACUCCGUCUGUAAGAGCGUUUAAAUUACUAAAUUAAUAAAAGAGCGUUUAGAUUACUAAGUGUUCUAAACACUUCUAUAUUAGUUUACGGAGGGAGUACUACUUAGUUAGACCAUGUUCAUGUCACUACAACCAUAAAUUUACGACAUUCUUUGUCCGGUUCUUCAUGUAGAAAAUAUUCAUUGACAUUAUGUUGUAUUCUCGUUGUUUCUACUCAAUCAACGUGUACGACACAGGUGGUACAAUAUAAAA